CAUUUAAUUGGUUGAAGAUACACACCUUGACUAAGUGUGUAAUGUUAAUGGUGAGCUUGUGCAACAAUAUAUCUCUGAAAAAAAACGGGGAUGUUCUUGUAUACUUAACAACCGAUUGAUAUCGCAUAUGAUUUCUCUGUUUAGAAUGAGGUCUCUUUCCUGCAAUUCCAAAUGAUUUAAGAAAAUACGAAUUAUUUAUUGCUUUUUUUUUUUCACUCGACAAAGAAGACGUUCUAUUAUGUGGUACUUUCUGGUCAAGAGAAACGUCGUCUGCAGUUAAACACAAUUAUAGAAGCAGGGGGAGAUAACAUGAUGCGGUAAACAAUGUUGGUGUCGGGGGAUUUACACUUUCACUUUUAACUUUGUUUUUAAUUUUUUUAGUUAUGGUUAUUUUCGUGUCGCAUUGUCUCAGUUCUAGGGCUUUGUGCGGGUAGAGUUUUGAAGCUCUAGUUCCAACGCCCACCUAUCCUCCCCCCGACCUUCCUUUCCCGUUUUGGGAUCUUAUUUUUCCAAAUUCAGGAUCUGUUAAGAAGGAAGGAUUUUUCUCGAGAGGAAACUACUUUUUUCCUCUUCCCCAAUCUAGGAGGUGGGUGACUGGCGGACUCUCCACUUUGACAGUAUCUUCAGCCAGAAUAGCAAACACAUUCAUGGCGAACUCCAGCAUACCUUCCUCGGUGAAUCAAGGCAUGGCUCACAUAAGUGGUGGGAAUUUGGUCAAUGGCUACUACAAACAAGGACCAUAUUCGGGAGGAAGAAGCAGAAAUGCCGGCGGUAGGUCGGGAAGCCGAGGUCGGGGCAAGCCUGCUGCCAGGAUUUUCAACUGAGCCUUCUAGAAGAUCCUCAACAUGAAUGAACAUUUGAGCUUAUUCUCUGGAUGGAGCCAUCAGUACGGAAGGAAGAAUAUUGGUUUAGACUCUGUUGACCUUACCAAGAAAUGGUAUCUUCAAACCUUGCCCAUUCUUGCGAAGGAAACAAAUUUGAAUGUACAUCCCGAGUGGGAAGACCGCAUAAUGAAUUAUCUAGUCCAUAAGACUCACCCUGUAAAGACCAUGGAACUGGCACGUCUUGUAAGUGUUCGUUCACGAAAAGAAGUGAAUCCGACUUUGUACAGCAUGGAUAGACGUGGUUUGAUAAGAAAGCACGGCAUGCAGCCGCCAACAUGGGUUAUUGCUGAUCCACCUGCAUCUCAUACAAAUUAUAACCAGAAUGAGUCUCAUUAUUCUAGUAGUCCAGGAAUCUAUCAGCAUGGCCCAGUAUCAAGAACACCACCAAAUUUCUAUGCUAAUAACCGUGAAAGUUAUAGAGGACAGAAGACUCCCAAUAAUAAUUACCAGCGUUCAAAACGAUCAACCUAUAGAAGUGAAUGGCAUGGUUUCUGUCCACCAUCUCAUAUAUACUCAGAAAGUAAGAAUGAAUCUCUCAUCUACAGUCACAGUAGUAAAGAUACCGAAAUUCUCUCUAUUGGAAACACUAGUUCUCCAAAUAGAUUACGUUCAGAAAGUUGCAGCCCAGAUGAUUGUGAGGCCCUGGAAACAGCAAUUGCUAAUUAUCCACAUAGUGGUGGAUAUGGCCAAGGCUAUUCAGGACAUUUUCCUGUAACUUCUGAAUCUAAACAAAGUGGUAAGCCACGAAGGAGAAAUUGUGAUAACUUUAACAUGCAAAAUUCUUCAAAUGGUACCAUGAUGCCAUUAAAAAGUAAUGACAGGAUGGUCAUCCAACAGAAAAAGAUAGACUUGCAGGAUGAUCGUGAAAGACAUUAUGACGGAAACUAUCAAUCAUACCCUAGUAAUUUUAUGAACUAUGCAAAUCAUUCUUUUGGAGAUAUGCCUGUUUGUUACCAUCAGAUGGACCGAGAGGGUCCGGAUAUGUCUCGCGUACACCUGAGUUCCUUGAAGAAAGACUCGAAGGACCAUUCGCCCCACGAUCAAAUCUCUCCCAAACGGAACUCAAAUAUAAAGGCUUGCAAUUCUGACCCGCAUGACCCACAUGCUAAAAUCAUAUCCUUCCUUGAUAAAACCAUGAAUGGUUCUGCUAAAUCACGUGAAAUAGCUAAACAUACAGGCCUUUCUCUCGAAGAAACUCAAAAGCAUUUGCAUAGUUUAUGUAAAAAGAAAAUAGUCACCACUAUUGGUGAAGAUAUUUAUAUUAUGGCAAAGAACGCAGCCAGUUACGAAACUGAAAUCCCUGCUGGAAAAAGUUCUUCAUCUGUGAACUCUGCCAUGUCUCGUCAGUUUUCUAGUGGAAAUCGGCAACCUCCUGCGCCUCCACAUGUUCUACUGGCGGACAAUGGCAUCAGCUCUAGCAACAUGAAAAGUGCUUAUUACCAAAAUAAUAAUUCCCAAAAACAACCUGGGUCUUCAAACGAACAGAAAUCAGCAUCAAAUCAGGCGAGUAGAAAUUCUCAUCUACCUCCUUCCCCUCAUGAGCUCCUUGCAAAAGAUCCGGUCUUUAAAGGAGAUGUUGCUGUAUCUAAUUCAAGCAAUUCUUCUAAGGAAUUCAACCAGUCGUCAUCAUCUUCGUCAGCAUCCUUGUCGUCCUCAACGUCAAAGAAUUCUAGGUGGAACAAUAGCACCACACUGAUAGAAAGCUCAAGGGCACCAGCUACGAAUUCCACUUCAACGUCAUCGACUACAUCAUUUGCUCCAAGUCCCAAGCAAAGUAAUUCAAGUUCUAAACAGUCUGCUGGAAGUUCUAAGCAGACGUCAUCUUCAAAACAAACUGCUUCAAAUUCUAAAGGCUCUGGGUCAAAAGGUUCCUCAGGCUCUAAGCAAGGAUCUUCUAAUUCCAAAUCUGCUUCGAGCUCAAAACAAAGGGCCAACAGUCCAAAGCAAAAUGCUUCAAAUAAUCAAUCUUCAUCUCAGUCUAAUUCAAAUUCCACUGUUAACAACUCAAAUAAUAAAAAGAAUUCAGUUGAUAAUAUCCAAGAUCUUCUUAAGAAUACAUCCAUUUCCUCUUCAAGUGAAACUACUGAAACUAAAACUCCAACUUUAGCUGAAAUCAAGGCAGCAGCAGUAGCGCAGGCGUUGGCCGACAAAGCGGCUGAGAAAGGAGCUGACAAGGCUGGUAUUGACUCACUGGCACCAAAUCUGCAGAUCACUUCAGAGAGUUUUGCUGCCCUUAACAAAAAUCCUGUAAGUGCAUUGAUGGAAUAUGCUCAACAGCGCCAUUUACCUGUUGAAUUUAAGCUCUUAUCACACAGAGGACCUUCUCAUCGACCAUUGUUUAAAUUCGCCGUGAUUCUUGGUAAACGCCAGUUCCCCAGUAUGGAGUGCAACAGUAAGAAGGAUGGUAAGAAAGAGGCAGCCGAUCUGACAUUGCGCAUUCUCAUUGCUGAAGGACAGUAUCAGUUAGAGAACACCGUCUCAGCAUUGAAAACAAUUCCACCUGCAGAAAUGACACAUUUCGAUAAAAUGGCUGCCUUGAGUCACCAGGCAUUUAACAAUAUUGCCUUGCAAAUCCCCGAGAACCUUGCUGGGAGAAAAGUAAUCGCCGCUUUGGUGAUGAAGCGAUCACCAACGGAUACGGGAAUUGUUAUCAGUGUUGGAACUGGUAACCGCUGUUUAACCGGUGAUCAUUUGAGUUUGGAAGGCAACAGUGUCAAUGACUCUCAUGCUGAAAUAAUCACACGCCGAGGUUUUCUGAGAUAUCUAUACAGACACUUACUGGAGUAUGAUGCAGAAGUACCCAAUGAUCUCUUCGAGAAAGGUGAACGUAGUAUAUGCCGGAUUAAAACCAAUAUAACAUUCCAUUUAUAUAUAUCUACUGCUCCUUGUGGAGAUGGAGCUCUUUUUUCACCCAGAGAUACUGACUCAAGUAAUGCAAAAAUGGAGGAGGAAAACAAGCAUAUUCAUAAUCCAACUUUUUCAAGCAGUGUACAAGGAUUGCUGCGAACAAAAGUGGAAGGAGGCGAAGGAACCAUUCCAAUCGAUGCUGAUUUCACUGAACAAACAUGGGAUGGAAUUCAACGUGGUGAAAGAUUGCGUACAAUGUCUUGCUCUGAUAAAAUUUGUCGCUGGAACGUUGUUGGUCUGCAGGGGGCUCUUCUGAGCCACUUCAUCGAGCCUAUAUAUUUAGAUUCGCUGACAUUAGGUUAUCUUUAUGAUCAUGGUCACCUUGCUCGUGCAGUAUGUUGCCGUAUAGAACGUGGAGAAGCCUCUGUAAAUCAGCUGUUACCAGAAGGCUAUCGUUUGAACCAUCCCUGGCUUGGCAGGGUAACUGCUUGCGACCCCCCAAGAGAAACCCAAAAGACAAAAUCUCUGAGCAUAAACUGGUGUUAUGAUGAUGAGAAGUCUGAAGUUCUUGAUGGCACAGCUGGCAUCUGUUAUACAGCGAUUGAGAAAAAUCUAUUCUCUCGUCUAACAAAGCACAACUUGUAUGAAGAAUUUAAGAGAGUCUGCCGCAAAUUUGAUCGUAAUGACCUGCUUACUGCCCCUUCUUAUAACAAAGCCAAGAUGAUGGCUACUCCCUUCCAGACAGCUAAAAAUGUGAUGCUGAAAAAAUUAAAAGAAAACAAUUGUGGUACCUGGGUAUCAAAACCCAUUGAAGAAGAAAUGUUUGCUUAGAGGUAUUCAAGGAAACUUCACUUUGCUUCAAUCCAGGUACAAUAGACAGAAAACGAACAACAAAAUUAAAAUCAUGUCUUUUCUUCAGCUCAGUGGCUGUUUUACCAAUAUUUUUUCACCGAUAUUGGUUUUCCAGAGUAGUGUUAUCGUUCCAAGGAGAAACUGAACAGUCUAUAACCAUAUAUCUUGAAUUUUGCCAAUUUACAUGCUGUUAGGAAAUUUAGAAAUCUUGUUAGUUGGCUUGUUAAAUAUCACUUGGAGGAGACAUAAUUAAAUUCAGACAUUUAGAGUAUUUCAGUAAUCUAUUUGAUUUCAAUUUGCAUGAUUUACACUUCUUUUGAUUUCGACAUCUUUUUGUGGUUAACUGAUGUUAACACACGUUUAUCAUAUUGAAAAUAUUUACUGAUUAGCUAAGUAAUUCACUGCAAUCACAGUUUUGCUAGAAUAUGUGAGUUAAUCUGAUUCUAAAACUCCAAUAAUUAAUUUUUAUUUUAUUUACCUCCCUGUUUCAAAAUAAUCACAAUUUUCAUUAAAACAACUUGGUCUAGGACGAGAACAAUAAGUUGCACUUAAAGAAACAUUGAUAACAAAAGCACUUAUUUAUUGUAUUAAUUCUAAAACUGAUUUCUUGAAAACAAUCAAUAUAUUCACAUUGUUUAUUACAACCAAAUGAAACUGUUUUUAGCAAUAAUAGUGCCAGUAACAAACAUUAGACUGUUGUUUGAACAAUAUAAUUAUUAUGUAUUUAAUGUUUUUCUUGUAUAAUCUGUCAGUUUACCAAAAAUUACCUUGAUCUCUUUUUUUUUUAAAAAAAAUUUGAUUCCUUUUAAUAGAUACUUUGUAAAUUGGAUUACAUAUCAAACUACUUCCACAUUUGCUUAUAACACUUAUAACUCAAUUGAAAGCAUCUCUUACACAACAUGCAUACACACAGACAUUUAUAUCCAAUUCUAGUCUAAUUGUUGUUGCUGUGAAUAAUUCCAGAACAUUUGCUUUUCCUUGAUGGCUUUUUUUUUUUUUUUAAAUAUUUGUAAGGUUUUAUUACGAACCGUCUAUAAUCCACCAUUAUUCAAAUUGUAAGAAAAAAUUAUAACUAUUUGUUCUUUUAGAAAGCUUUUAAAAUAACAUUUAUAAUUGGUGCUAGAUAUUUUUAAGGCUUUAUGUAGAAAUAUUUGCCAAAUUUUUAAAACAGCUUAGGUUUAUUGUCAAACUUGUAAUUAAUAUCAUAAAUCUUUUUUUUUUUCUGAUAUAACUUUGAAAAGAAAAAAAAUGAAAACCAUGAUUCCUCUGCAACAUAAUUAAAUUUGAACAACUAUGUGCACAUGAAAUAACAUUUUGCUGAUAAUGCUGUCUUUUUGUGGAUGUAUAUCGUUAAAUCUCAUUAGAAUGUUCAGUCUGAUUCCUACAUACAUUUGCCAUUGAUUGGACUUUAUUAAUGCAAAUACAUUUUAAAUAUUCUGGUUGUUCUGACAGUUCUUGGUAAAAUGUCAUCUAUAUUUAUGUCUCCUCCAUAUAUCAAUGUAAUUUAUCUUUUAUUGAAUUCUGUAUACAUUUUUUUUUUCGUCUCUUUUAAAUCUUAUUUGUACAGAUUUUUUUUUUCCAAUCAAACCGCUAUGAUGUUCAGCAUGUAUAAUGUAGACAGUUACAUGAGUUUAAGGAAACUAUACAACGAGAAAGAACUCAACAGUUCUCUGCAAGUGUCAUCUGAAUAGUAAAAUGUCUCAUUUGGCAACAUCCUAUCAUUGAAAAACAAUAGAAAUUGUAGGAAACCCUAAUUUCCCUACCAUAAAAAGUUCCAGAUAUUGUUUCUGAAACAGUUGUCUACAUUUUGGUGGAUGUAUUUAACUACUGAUGAACUUAAAAAUGUAAGACACCAGAGAACUAUUUCUUCAGUUAAAACCCACCUAAGAUUUCUUUUAUAAAAUGUAUAUUUUAGAAUUUUUCAUGUACAUAAGUUGUGUGUGUCUGUGUGUGUUUACAAGUGUUUUAAAAAGACUUUAAAAAAAAAAACGACCAAAAUUAAUCAUGUUCCAAUUAUACAUGUGCAUGUGUGUAUCCACAUCACACGAAUAUAUGCAUGCACAUAUACACAAAUACAUGCACCCACAUAAACAAUCUUUUAUCUUUACAUAUCUAAGAUCAAUCAUGUCUCAAGAAAUAAGUUGUUAUCUUUCAAGGUUUCUAGUUGGUAAGACAGAUUACCAGCUAUUCUUCUAAGCUAGGAAGUGUAUGAAUUUGAUUAAAUUCUGAUCUUUUAUUUCAAAUCAGCUCUUGUGUUGUUAGUGAAUAAAAACGGUGUGUAUUCAGUCGUGUAUUUAGGGAACAUAAUCGAAACCAGUUGUCUGUGUACAGGAGAUUAAUGGAACUUGAAUUUUGUUCUCACUAUCUAUAUUUAAAGAACUCUUAAAUGUCUUGAUGUACCACAGUCAAUGUAUCAUGAAACCUUGUUUCAAUAUUUUAAGAGUUAUUUACAUUUAAAUACAGAUACAUGAGACUUUAAAGUGUAUGAUACAGGAACUGGUAAUAUUACAUAAAUAUGGGAAAAACUGUCUCAAAUUGAAAAUAUAGGUGUAUUUUUAACAUUAUGUAUACACAUAUAUUUGCUUAUAAGUAGAUAAGUAUAUAUAUAUAUGUGUGUGUGUGUGUGUAUCAUAUAUAUAUAUGUAUAUGUAUAUACAUAUAUAUACAAACAUACAUACGCAUAAAUGUAAGAGAAACAAUGUAUUCAUUCAUGUUCAGUAGAUGGCUAUGUGCAAGUGUGUGUGCAUAUAUAUACUUGCAUGCAUACAUGUACUCGAUGUUUAUCAUGAUGCGCAUGUGUGUAAAAUUAUAUUGUGGAGAUUUAUAUAUGCCUUUUCACAUUUGAAGAAAAUCUCUAGAAAGCAAAUAUUUUAUAUUUGAAUAAUAUUUCUUCCCCUAUCUCGCUCUCUCUACAUUAAUUGAUUGACUUCUCUCUCUAAUUUGUAUACCAGAGAGAAAGAGAGAACAAGGGCGUAGAGAAAUACAUUUAUCUGUAUUAACACACACACACAUGCACACACAAACCUCAGAUUCAUUUGCAUGCACAUGGAUUUUCUUCAUAGUAUUUGAUAUACCAUUGUCCCUUUUUUUCUUCUUUUUUUUUUGUUAGGUUUCGUUUCUCAUCCUAAAAAAAACAUAUUUAUUUAGUUUCUUUCAAAAAGAAACUUUUUGUACUCAUCAAUCAUGACAUUAUAAUUUGAAAUAAGAAUUUUAAUCUUAUUUUAAAAUUGUUCCUUGCUGCAUUUUGUAAAAUAUUUUCUUUUAUCUCAACUGAUUGAUCAAAUGUUUUUCUUGUGCAAAGUUAGUUAUUUUCCUGUCUCACUAAGUGGUGGCAUUGUUAGUUUCUUCUUGGCUGACUUACUACUGUUAUAAAGAACAAUGGGGAAGCAAUCAAGGUUAUAAUGUUGAAGAAUUAAAAAAAAAUAUAUAGAUUAUGUGAUGAUAAGUUUUGUCACAUAUUAAUCAGAAAUUGGGAUUUAAUCCUUGAAAAUGUAAAUUCCAAGUAAAUUGCUCUCUCAGCUGAGCUAAUUUCUAUGUUUCUUUUCGUAAUAUUUUAGAUAUGUAUUUUUAACAUCGUAUAAAGGGUAUUUCUUGCUACUGAAGUAAAUACAUUGUAUGCUUUGAUGUAUCCAUGAAAGGCUUUUUUAAAACUGAUGUUUGCUUCAAUCGAUAUAGUUUCUCUCUAUCUCUAUCUCUCUCUCUCUCUCUCUCUCUCUCUCUCUCUCUCUCUCUUUGAAUUUGUGAAAUGUUGACUAAAGCUUUUGACUGACUUCAUUUUGGCUUAUCAAACAUAACCUGCUACAAUGUUGAAAAGUAUAUACAUCUUCACAUCAUGAAAGGUGGAUAUAUUUCAUGGCAUUUUCUUUCUGAUUCCACUCACACUAGCUGGUUGAGCUGCUGUAUUCUGCGACCAUUUCUUCUGUUCGUUGUCAAUAUAUGUUGCUUAUUCAAAGAUGCAAUGAGAGAAAUUCAUUUUCAAACAUUUUAGAAUUAGUCAAAAAUUUUGUGUAUAUAUAAGAAAAAUGAACUCUCUUUCAAAGUAAAUGAUAUUGCUAUGAUUCUUAAUCUUGACAUAUUAUUACGGUCAACUAAAGAAAUUAUCAUAAUGAUGAUGAAGAAAUUUUCAAGUCAGUAAAAAGCUUUCAGUUUUUAAGUAUUUUGAAAAAAAAUUUCUUCAAAGAUUUUUAACAUCUGCUCUGUAUUUUGUCUAUACAAAGGUGUGUAAUUUCUGAUCUAUAAUGGGUCAGAGAAAUUGAGAGUUCUGCUAGCCAAGUGUAAGACACUUGGCAACUCUGCUACUUUUUAGGCAUUGCACCCAUUGAAAGGAACUCUAGAAAGAAUUCUACUUCAAGAACUAAAAUUUCCACCUUUAAUUGGAUGAAAAAAAAAGAAGAAAAUGUGUGUCCAUUUCUUAUUGUAUUACUAUUGCCUUUCUUUUCUUUAAUUGGAAUAUGUUUUCAAGAAUUAAUUUUGCUUUAAUGAGUGUAGUAUGUAGUAUGUGUAUUUACAUACACUCACACAUACACAAACAUGAAUGUGCAUGCAUGUUUCAAACAACAUAUAUGUAAUUAUAUACAUACAUAUAUAUAUAUAUAUAUAUAUAUAUAUAUAUAUAUAUAUAUAAGAUAGUGGUAUUUUGCAAGUUAGCAAAGAUAUACUUUGGUGAAAGGUACAAUACGAGGUAUAUAUUUUUGUCAUUGAAGUUAACUUGAAUGUUAAAAAUAUAUAAUUGAUACUCAUAAAAAUCAGUUAAUUUUAUGAUUUGUUCUACUGCCAAUAUUGUUGUGGGGUUUCAUUUCAUUUAUUUAUUUAUUUAUCUAGGUAGUUAUUUUCAUUGUUACUGCUGUUAUUGCUGCUACUGCUGCCAAACUAAACAGUUGUUCUCCAUUUCAUUUUACCAUUUCUGCUAUCUCUGUUUUCAUUUGCAGUAGUGAUUUCCAUUCAUUUUCAACAUACUACCAAGCAACAUUUUCCUUUUCUUAAAUAAUCUGUUUAGUCCUUUAAAUAUUUUUUUAAAGAUUUCCCUAAAAUUAAUUAAUUAAAAUAUAUAAAUUCACAAAAUUCCAAAUCAAGUUUCUCUUUUGUUUAUUUAUUUAUUUAUUAAUUUUUUUUUUCUUUAAAAUAUAUUCAAAAAAAGUUUCUCAUUUUGUUUAUUUCUGUCUUUGUUUUAAACAUUGAAACUUUCAUAGAAAUUCCCAAGUUCUGCAGUGUAUAAACAUUUACCUAUUUUAUAAGACAUCGAACAUCUUCAUUUCCAUAAAAAUAAAUGCCCAGAUAGAUAUGUUUCCAAUGUACAACUGAAUUAUGUUUUCUUCUUUCGUAAAAAACAGGGUUUCAAAUGACUGUUUUGUUAACAUUGUUUCAAUGUAGAUAUUUAUUUUAUGUAUACAAAGCAGCAUAUCAAUAGGAAAAAAAAACAAGUAUUUACCAUUUAAAAAAAGGCUAAUAGCUCCUUUUUUUUUUCUCCCACCAAAUUACUUGUUUAUUGCAUCUCUUAUUUCUCUGUUUUCGACAGUUACAUGUGUGUAUGUAUGUAGUUAUGCUUGCAUACAUACAUGUGUCACUUCAAAGAAUUAUUUCAAAUACUUAUACCACUCUUUUGCAGUGUUGUCUGUAAAAAAAAAAAAUGCCACUUAGCACUAAUUGAUGUUCUAUAGAUAUUGCUCUGUGGCUGCAAAUUCCAUUACUCCUCCUGUCCUCCAAUUUCUCAUGUGAGAAUGAUUUACAAGAAUAUAAGCGAUUUCAGUCGUGAAAUUGCAGUUCCCAGCACAAACUUAAAGCUUCACAGCAUAUUUCUCAAGUCCAUAUCUCUCUAAGCAGCAUUUUUAUACUGUUUUCAACAGACGUUAAAAAGCAAAAAAGAGAAAAAAAUGAAAACUGAAUUUAAUUUUAUAAAAAUGCAUUAUUCUUUGAAAAUAAUUUUCUGAUGGCGUAUGGAUUUUGUAACUUACAAAUCCUUUCUUUAUAUGUAUUGUGAAUUUUAUUUAUAAAAAAGAACUCAUUUAAAAUUUAUUUUGAAAUCUAAUUUUUAGUGUUCCUCAAAAUAGCAUCCUAAAUAUCUUACCUUUAGCUAGAUUUAUAAGUAUUAUACUAUAGUAUUAGAUUAGUUUUAUAAUGAUAAACCAGUUUUUAUAUUAAAGAUAUCUCCAAACUAUUUUGUCAAUUUAUACUUUAUAUAUGUGGCAGGGGCUCAGUGUAAAGUAAUGGAAUGUGAGUAAAAUUAGAAGUAUUAUUCAUUUGUGCAUAUAUAUAUAUAUAUAUAAAGCAUAUAUAAUAGUGUAGAUAUAGUAGGGAGCAAAUAUAAUCUCUUUUUAAUUUUAUAUUGUCACUUGUUAAGAAACUUUUGGUUUUUUAAAAGCAAGGAUUAUAGGAAUAAAUUUUGGAAAAAAUAUUCCUCAAUGUUUUAAAUUACAGCCUUUACCAGUUAGUCUUCCCGUUACAUUUGAUUCUAUAAAUUUAGAAUAUUGCUUAGAGACAGCGAUAUAGGAAGUAAGUUUUAAAACAAUUAAAUACUCUUUGCAUAUCCUUUUGUACGCAUCUUCAGUGAGAUUUGGACUUGUUGAUAUUGCUUUUAUUCUUGGAAAUGAUGGACUGGUACUUUUAAUUAUUUUUCCUUUUUUUUUUAAAAAAAAACCUCACUUAAAUUGAGAUCAUUUUUGUUUUUCUGAUAUUUUUCACUCUUUAAAGUCUUAUCUAUUUUCACCGUGUCAAAAUUUCUUCAAAGUCCAGUUUGAAGAUAUAGUAGCUUUAAACUGUAAAACUGUAGGAUGUCUCCUUAAAACAACAAUGAUGAUACAUUCAUUAAUAAAAUAUUUGUAUCAAACAUUGAUUAUACUUUGGAGGAAACACUUAUACAUUUAGAUUAUGAUUGUGAUGAAGAUAAAAUAUUUUCUAAAGCAACACCACUCUAUUUAACUUUGUGCUAGCAUUAUCUUUACUCUGUAUUUUUUCCCCCCUUUAAUUGAAGUUUUUAAAGAUAGAAUGAAUUCAGUAGUCAAGGUUUUAAUGAAUACAUUAUUCAAAGUAAAGAUCUUUGUAUAAUUCUUCAACUUUUAUGAAACUGAUAAUUAUAUUUGGAGAAUUGCAUGUUGCCUCUUUUUUUUUUUUAUGUGUUUGUCAUAAAAGAAGCUUACAUUUUACACAAUCCAUAAAAACAAACUAGACAUUCUGGAUUUUCUACUUUACUUUCAAUGAUUUAAAAUAUAAAAUGAGAUUAACUACUUUAUUCACUGGACUUGUUCCAAAACCUUUAACACCAGCCCAAUAUCUCUCUGAUGCUUGUGAAAAAAAAAGAAGAAAACCUUGUCAAAUUUAAGUAUUUUAAAUGCUUAAUCUUUACUAAGAAUCAGGAACAUCAACUGAAUGUGCUAAUAUCUAACACACUGUUUUGCUUGCUAUUUUUUGUGUUGACAUUUUUUUGUCUUCAACAAUUCAUCAAAUGUAAAAGUAGAAUUUUUUGUUUCUUUCUAUUUUCUUUUAAUGAUUGUUGCAUCAGAGGUUGAGUAUGAAAAUGUCAUCCGUCAAUUUUUCAAACUGUUUAACUUCUCAAGUUCCGUGAACACAGUUUCCAUUUUUAUUAUGCUGCUAAAACAAAUUCUUCAGGUUAAAAACUAGGUGUUCUUAUUUUCUUAACUGCACUUUUUUUUAAAUAAAAGUUUGCAUAUAUAUAUCUGUGAAAUUAAGGGUAGGUAUAAUGAAGUUAGAUGUUAAGAACAAUCAGAGUUCUGUCUCUAUUACAAUACUCCAUGCUUAACUGGCUUGUGAGUUACAGUGAAAUUGUAUAAUAUUCAGUUAUUCCCAUAAAUUAUGUUGCUUUAAAUGUAGAAAUUUUAGCUUAAUUGUUACUCCAUAUGAAAAGAAGAAAUCGACUUUCAUUUUAAACACCAUUUUUAUUGAAAU